AGCGACGAAAAUAAAUGGACUCCCGUAUUACGAGUUUGAAUAAAGUGUGGAUGUACAUGUCUACGGAGAUACAAUCAUGACUGAUCCAACAAAAGACAAUACGAUACAGGAUAUUAUAACAACAAAAUACAACGAUGAUCGGUCGGAUCAUGUCCACGCCGCAGAUGAUACUUUAUCUGGUGAUGAAGAUUUUCAAGAUGCAAGAGAAAACAUAGAUUCUCCAGAAUCUGCGAAAAAUAGCCUGAAAAGAUUCCAGUUUCAGACUGGUGAGUCGCCAGAGCAACGAGGGCCCAAUUAUCAUGUGUUGGAGAAAGAUUCUCCCGGUGAACUAGACAUUAAAAGCAGCAAAACACUUCGGAGAUCUAAGGUAGCAGACGGCACUGUUAAUAAACUUAUGGCAACAUUCGAAAGAAAAAAUCAUGAAACGGGUUCGCUUGAUAAAAAAGCUGGGCCAUUAAACAAGGCGUCAGAAGAUUUGAAAAUAAGAUUGGAGUACGAGCUUGCCGGAGAUAUGUCCGUGUCGAAAGCUGCAGAGGUUUCGCACCCAGGACAAGAAGCAGAAACAGAUGGUAAAACAGAAGCAUCUGAAGUUGCUCCGCCAGAAAAUGUGGUAGAAGAAUCGUGUAGUAACUUUGAUCUGUAUACAACUGAGAAAAUCUACGAUACCCCUCCUAGCACCCCAUUAAUAGGCUGUAAACAGGGACAUGGCAUGCCUGUGUCGGUCAUGCCCGUGGAUGAUGAAAAUAAUGAAUACGAUCAUCUAAAAACUGCUGUACUGGAUAAUCUGUUACAUAGUUACGAUCACUCUGUAGAAUCAAAGAGACAUGAAACAAGUCCGUUAGAACUCAGUACUAGAAGUUGUACAGAUAGAAGAAAAAGUCGUAGACGUCGUGUUAAGAAGAGUUCAACAGUAGGAACAAUUAGUUUCCUUAACAAUAGUGGAUCUCACGAUAUGGUGUAUGAUGAUAGUGAUAUCUAUGAAGAACUUAUAUUAGCUAGUGAUGAUGAACUAGAUGGAUGGGGUUCGUCCGAGUUUGAAGAUUAUUCAGAAGAUGACGUAGUAGAUGAACAAGGUCCACAUAAACCCUUACCCAUGAAGCCUAAACCCAAACACGAAGCAGGCGCACCUGGGUUAAUCAGUAGAAUUAAAAGUUUUCGAGGUAAAAAAGAUGAAGAAGAAGAUGACGAUGCUCGAUGUUUUCCUGUAAAUAUGGAUCCAGGUAAACAUCCACCACCAGAGUUACCUCCCUUACCAGAUGGUCUCACAGAAAAUCAAAAAAAAAGACGAUGUGUUAUUGAACAGAUUAUAUCUAGUGAGAAAUCAUACAUCAGUUCUCUAGAGAGGAUCAUUAGAGGGUAUGAGAGUACUGUGUUAGAUCAUAUUGGUGGUGUUAAAACUCAUACUAGAACAGUAUUUAAAGAAUCAAGAGAAAUAUUAAGUCAUCAUCAAAUGUUCCAAAUAGAAAUGGCUGAUCGCGUGAAAAAAUGGGAUGAAGAUGAAAAAAUGGGAGAUAUUUUUACAGCUUCGUUUUCUAAGUCCAUGUUGGUUGAUGCCUAUAGUGUGUAUGUAAAUAAUUUUGCGGUUGCCAUGGAAGAAAUAAAAUCUUUACAGAGAUCUCGACAGAAUUUUAGAGAUUUUUUGAAGUUAAAGGAAAGUACAAGUAGAGAUAGAUUAUCUAUAUUUGGUUUAAUGGUGAAACCUGUACAGAGAUUUCCACAGUUUAUAAUGUUCCUACAGGAUUUAGUUAAAUACACACCAAAGGAUCACCACGAUAGAGGAGCUUUACAAUUAGCUUUAACAGAAUUAGAAAAUGUCACUCACCGAUUAAACGAAAGAAAGCGACAUAGUGAACAGACGUUUUUAGCCAAACAGAUUACCAAUCAGUUGUUACGCCAGAUUACGAAACAAGUCCCACCACGAUAUUUACCUGAUAAAACACGGAGAUUAAUUCGACAAAAUGAUUUUGAACAAGUGGUUAGUGAUUCUUCUGGUCAGAUGAGAGUUAAAGUUAGACGUUUGAUAUUAAUGGAUGAUACGUUAUUAUGUAUAAAAGUUGGCUCUAAAGAAAUAGAUGGCAUUAAACAAGAGAAAUUUAAAUUAAAAUGGUUGAUAAAUUUAUCGGAUGUUGAUUUAAAGGAUAGCGCUAUCACUCCGGAUAUGGAGACAACUGUAGCAGCACAUCCUGGUAAAUUCAGCAUCUGGACAACUCAGAUAGAAAGAGCGGAAGAAGAUCCGUUUCAUCUGUACGCAGAUCUCAGUGAAAUAUUACACGAUUUUACUGUAUUAGGUCAGAUGAGUGGAUUAAUGGCAUCGUUAAAACGUUCAUAUCAGGGUUAUGGUUUAUCAGAAGAUUUAUUACAUGAAAUAACCAAAGAUUUACAGAAAAUGAUACAAAUAAAAGAUGAACAGUUGAGAUUAGUUAAUAGCUGUUCUUUUAUACUAGCUGAUAAAGGUAGUGUCAAUAAAACGAAGUAUGUAUUUCAAACACCUACACCCAACUUAAAACAUGAAUGGUGUGUCGAUUUCUUAAUGGCUAAAUUAGCCUUAGAUAAAUGUAAUAAUCCUGGUUGGGAAAUGGGACAGAACAGUGAAGAGAAGAGCAGUACACCAGCUUAUUUCAUGAGAGCUUUAUCUGUAGAUGUUCCACGUAAUUUUACAAAGGUAAAAUGUGCUGUACCUGUAUUCAUACCAUCUAGUUCAAGUGUAGAUCUUGGUGUACAACACCUGUGGGUUUGUUCAUCAAAUACAGAUCGAGGGCAGGUAUCAGUGAUAUCCAUACAUAAUCCUAAACCAUGUUUAACGGAAGCGUUUAAAGCCACAGAUGUAGAGAUAGAAUGUAUGGUAUCUGUACCCGGUCUAGGGAGCGGUGAGAAGAGUACGAGUAAAUCGUUUGUUGAAGAUACCGUCUGGAUAGCAACUGUCAAACCUCAACUUAUAGUAUAUAGUUUAACCCAUGACGAUGGUAUGAAGAGAGGACCAAUACAUCAAUUAUCAUUACCACAUCAACCUUGUAUACUAGUCUAUGUUGCUGAAAAGGUUUUCUGUGGUUUAAAAUCAGGAACAGUUCUAGUUUAUCAGACAGACGAAGAUGGUGUGUGGAAUUUUGAUACUCCUGUUGUUAUAGAAUUAGGCACGGCACCUAUUAAAACUAUAUUGGAUAUUGAUGGGUUAUUAUGGGUAGCUUGUGGUGGAACUGUUCAUCUUAUUGAUAUUAGCACUUUACAAGUCAAGAUGAAGUAUGUGUUUACAACAGAUAAUAUGGCACCAAUAGAUCAGAUAGCGAGAGCUGGUGUGGGUAUCUGGGUAUCGUUUAAAAACAGAGCAUUUAUUCGACUAUAUCACAUAGAGACGUUAGAAACUUUACAAGAGAUUAACAUAGCAUCACCUAUAGCUAAACUUAUAGAGCACCAGAAACCACAAGGUUUAACACCAGAUUCUACAAAACAUUGUUCUGUGACAUGUUUAGCAGCUGGUAGAGGUAUGUUGUGGAUUGGUACAAGUCUGGGUUUUAUACUAACAUUACCGUUACCUAGGUUACGUGAUGGUGUUCCGUUAGUAAACAGUCGACCUAAUGUGUCUUAUCACGGUCACAAUUUCCCUGUUAAAUUCAUCAUUCCCAUUUAUUGUUCAACGAGUGUGGCACAUUUAGAAAAGAAAAGUUCUUUCCGAUCCUCAAUUCGACCGAGAAAAUUAAAAGUAAUCAGUGAACGUAUUGCAGACGCUUCUAGUAGCGAUAAAAAUGAAACAACUCCAAACAGUUCUGCACAAAACGGUUCUGCAGAAAAUCAAUCUGUGGAUUCAGAAAAAGUCGUAAUGAGACGUUCUUCGGAUUCAAAACAUGCAACGAUGCCAGCAAGACCAAAGAGAAUGUCUUUCAGAACGGAGCUAGCGGAAAAGAUAUCUUCACGGGACGCUUCUUCGUCAAAUCCGGAUCUUUAUUCCCAGGAGCGAGAAGUGCAAAUGUUGUACGAAACUUUACUUACAUCAGAUAACAGCGAAACGGAAACGGCUAAAAUGGUCACCAUGGAUGCAAGAGGAAGUAACUCUUCCGGUUCGCAAAAUGAAAUAAAUGAAACUAGCCAGACAAUGACCAAAAAGACUGAGACUAAAUCUCAGAGAAAGUUAACACAAGAAAUCAGAGAGGAAAAAAAUAAAACAGUAGUGUUAUCGACGAAAACUCUACAUAAAUCGACGACAAAUUCCGUUAUUGUGGUCAGCGGUGGUGAUGGUUAUUCAAAAUGGAACAGUAACAAAUCAACAUCUUUCAAAAAUGAAGAAGCUGUUUUGUUAUUAUGGAUUUAUAAAUUUUGAAACAGUUAUUCAAGGAUUAUCCGUAUCUAAAACAGACAUUCAAGGAUUAUUCCUAUUUAAAACAGUUAUUCAAGGAUUAUCCGUAUCUAA